AUGCCGAUCCUCGGCGGCAAGAAGUUUGCCCCCAAGUCGGUGAUCCGCGUCGAGUCGCGUCCUAAGCUGAUGGCGACCUCCGCGAAGGCCUCCCCGCGCGCCUCACCGAAACCGAGCGGGAGCAAGUCCCUCCUCUCCCGCACCAAGAGCGCUUCGCCCUACCCCUCCUCGUCGGACGAGAAGCGGACCAACGACCGCAAGCGCAAGGCCGGCAGUGCGGGGCCGGGGCCUUCCCAGCCCAAGUUCGAUGACGACUCCGAUGGCGACGAAGACGAGGAUUUCCUCAAGGGCCUCGAGGCGCCUAAGCGCCUGCGUCUCGCUUCAUGCGAAUUUUCCGACGAAAAUCGCACUCUUACCCGCCAAAGCGCCUUCAAGGAGGGGCUCAAACCAUUGAGCAGGCUGAUUCAUGCCGCCCAUAUCACGAACGAAAAGUCUUGUCCCAAGGCUAAGCGUGUGCUCAAGGCAACUGAGAAGGAUGAUAUCAGAGUCAAGCUGCAGUACCCUAGUAUGUACGGCGCAGAGUCGUACGAGCUAUUGUACGAAGAUGGCAAAAUCGAUGCAGUUAAGGACAUUCGGCAAGUGGUCGAGUGGGUUGCCAAUGUGUACCUUACUGGGGAGCAGGCGCAGGAGUUUACCGACCCAGACACUGGCAUUAUCCGGCGGUUGAAAAAGGCGAUAGGCAGGGACGACUUUGCAGGCUUCACAACAGCUCUGAAAGAUGGAAACGAGCGGAUCCGUGCAUUGUCCGCCAACGGGACGAUAAGAAAGAACUUGGAUAAGAUGCAUGGACUGCCUAACGAACUAGCCAAGUUCAUACUCGCCCAAGUCUACGACCGCACCGUUUCGCCAAACGUCGAAAAGCUGAAGCAGUACAAGAACGGCACGGAUAACGUGUACGGCGAGCUACUGUUCCCAUUCAUUUCCGAGAUUUUUGCAAAGACACGCUUAACUUCAGACCAAGUCUUCAUUGACCUUGGCUCCGGGGUUGGUAACGUCGUGUUCCAAGCCGCGUUGCAAAUCGGUUGCGAGAGCUGGGGUUGCGAGAUGAUGGACAACCCGUGCGACUUUGCUGAGGCUCAAGAGAAGGAGUUCGGCGCCCGUUGCAAGAUGUGGGGCCUCCUCCCUGGCAGAGUCAACCUCGAGAGAGGCGACUUUACUAAGAAUUCAAGGAUACACGAGGUCCUUAAGCGCGCCGAUGUCAUCCUCGUCAACAACCAAGCCUUCACGCCCGAGCUCAACAGCAAGCUUGUCGACAAGUUUCUCGACCUGAAGAAGGGUUGCAAAGUCGUAUCGCUCAAGUCGUUCGUCAACGACCAGGGCUCGCGAAACAUGAACGACGUCGCCAACAACAUCCUUGAUGUGGAGCGUCAUACAUAUUCCGAAGGAGGUUACGUCAGCUGGACGGAUUCCGGUGGCUCCUAUUGCAUCUCUACAAAGAAGAAUCAGUAA